GCACAAUCUCUUCAGUCACCAGUUCUCCCGAGCCGUACAUUGACAACAUCGGCACGCCUGAGUCGAUAUUCCAAAAAACUGUGGGAACGCAGUUCUACGAUUCACACCCGAAGUAUCUACAGUGCGACAAACCACUCGCAUCUGCGUAGACUGUCGUCUUUGCCACGAGAGAUUUCUCCAGUUCCGACUCGCAGUGUCCAGGUUCCAGUUGGUCGAGCGGAUCGUUACGAGAAAGGCGGCCGAUCUGUGCAGCAGAGGGUCCAAGACGGCGAAAUUGCUUUUCGCGGAAGCUCGUGAGGGACUGACUUAACAGAAACCUUGCCGUUGCUUCCUCAGAUUUGAGUCUCAGGUGGAAUUCAGCAGAGCACCGGGUGGAUUCUUUUGGCUCUGUUUCUAGCUGAACUGUGGACCGCUGAUGAUAAGGGAAAGCCCAACCCUGGUAUGAUUCUCUGAUGCUCGGACCUCGCGUACUUGGUCAACCAGUGACUUUCCUUGAACAUCCAAUGUUUUCGCCGGCCCUUUCAGCGUCGACCUACACCGGUCUCCUAUCGGUGUCUUUUGCGUGUCGUGUUUCGAUGAGGAGAACAGCUGAGCAUGAGUCGAAUUCCUAGCGCAGGACGACAAUUUCUUUGCAAGUUUCUGGUGUUUCAAGACCGGUUUUCUUUUGAGGUGCACUUGCUUUCCUUUGUUUACAAGCUUGCGUGCGGUGUCACCGAAACCGCUUUUUCGCGCCGGGUUUCACGUCUUGACGACAACCCUGCUCCUGAUCACCCUUGCAACGCAACCUCACGAGGAACGGUCGCCGUCUUGUUCGGGCGCGCAGCCGGGUGGUGUCGAUGCUCUUUUUCUCAAGCAGGCCGAACGUGGCUGGCAUGAAUAAUUUAGGCAUAACGACGGCAUUCCAGGCAUUUGUCUGCUGACUUCUUACAACUUGUGCAUGGUUUGUCUCCCGUGUGUCAGCGCGAAGCCUCACACAAUCGUAGUUCCCCGGUCGUGAGUUCGGCAACGAGGUAAAGCUCGUUUUGCGUGUCCGGUGAACUCGGCAGCCGCGCCGCGCAUAUCCACGUCGAGCGCCGUCUGCGCGGCACACAAGAGUUCAAGUGUGUGCGAAGGCCCGUACGAACAGAAGUUUCGGGGCAGUAUAUCUGCAGAGAAACAAGACCCUGUGACAAAGACUUUUGGUGAACUUUCGAAGGGAACCCGGCAAGGUGUCUCUCGAGAGUCAUGCGUGGCAGUUCGAACGGCAGGUGCCAGCGACUGGUGUGCGUGUUCAUGGCUUUCUACGCCACACCAUUUCCGCCUUGAUUCCAUUUUUUCUCUUUCCCUUCCACUUUCUUCCGCCAGAAGUCGUUUAGCUUCCCUUUCUGCGCAAGCUUCCCGUGUACGUGGCUUCGUUUUACUCGGACCAGCGCCAGGCAACGGCUCGUUGCACGGGAGGGCUCUCGAUCUCGAGCUCGCUCAGCUCGGGCCGAAAAUGACUGCAACUGGGAACAAUUUUGGGGGCUUUCCACAUUCGAGUUUAUUUCCAUUGCCUUCCACGCGUCUUUUCCUUUAGAGAUAGCGUGACUUUCCUGUGUCUUCGUGGGCGUUUGUUCAAAGUGACCACCUGCGUCACUCGUGGGCUCAUUGACCAACGCCAUGAGCGCGCCCUAGACAGGUCGAGCUGCUGUCGUGGAUUUCUGCGGGAGUGUUUGUCUCGAAUCCACUGUCCGCGUAGAGGGUUGACCUUUCCCCUCCAAUUCAGUCAUGUUAUUGUCGCUGAUAUCUUGGAAUAAACCCACUGCACCAGUCGCUUCCACUAGAUUCGCCAUACUGCUCACAGGCCACUGAAGAGCCAGCCUCGCCGCUAGCUGUGUCUGUCUCGCCUCCUGGAUUUUUUUGGCUUCCGUCAGCCUUUCCAGCUGCAUCUCGACAUGCUUGCUCGAGAGGGAAUUCUUCAGGAAAUGGUGAGCCCAGGGCCGCCGAAGGAAUCAAAGUUUCCGUGGAAUGGCACCGCUCUUACCGGUGUGCCCCGCGCGCUCAAGUCGGCUGGUCGCGCCCACGGUGGAGAGUGCAGUUCUGGCGAGAACGUCGAAAUGGGUGAGUGUUCAAACACAUCGACCUGUUACUGGUCGUCGGAUGGAAGCAUGUCUCUAGACGAAACGCAGAAGUCGGAUGGACUCGAGGAAAGCCGACAGGGGGACGACAGUCCCUCGGUCUUGCUUCUGGAGAGGGGCCAGCCGUUGUCCUCGCUGUUCAGCAUGCAGGACCACGCCGAGAACGAGCGUUUUCCCUCCACCUUCUCGCUGGUCACGAAGCCCUCGGGAGCCACUGUUGCUUCGUCUGCCGGAGAAAACUUCCCGUCAGUUGUUACCCCGAGACUCCGUGCCCCGGGGACGAACAGCCGCGACGUUGUCCUGGGGCUGCUGAACGAGUUUUUGCAGUCGCUUCCAACUGCGAAUAUCGAUGAAGUUCUGAAAUCCCUCGAACCCAUUCGCCGCCACGCAGAGUCUAGCCGCGGUUCCUUCACGGACUCUGUGAGCGAAGACGCUUCCAAGACCCUUUUCUCCGGCAAGGGGGCCUCCGACAAAGGGAAAUACGGGCAGAAGCUGGAUGCAAAGGGCGGAAAAGAGCAACAGGAGACGGGUCAAAUUUCGUUCUUAAAAGGCCAACGCAGCUCGGCGACCUCCCUCAACACCGCCGCUGCCUUGUCUGGUGGGCGCCGAAGAUCCAGUGUGAGCAGCGCAAGUGAACGCGAGGGAAAGAUGCAUGAGUCGUCCGAUCGCCGAAUCGUCCGGAAAGAAGGCAACACGGUAAAAACGCCUCCUCUCCCUUCCUCUGCCCGACGACCUCGCAGGCCGGCUCGCGGGGAGCGGCCUCCUCUGGAGGGGAAGCGCGCUGCAGCCGCAAAACGAUCUGAAACGGAGGCCCAGUCUGGUUCUGAACAGCAGCGGUUGUUUUCUUUUGGCCGUCAGCAAAAAGACGAAGAAGAAGGCCCCCGUUCUCCGCCCGGCAGUGUGUCCCAGCGAAGCGUGGCCGAAGCGAGAAAAGGUCUUGUAGACGAGAAAGCGCUCAAGAACAAGAGUGAGUCGCCAGGACAGAGUGGAAACGCGCAGGUUGGCGCGUAUCCCAGAGAGAUAAAGGACAGAAAAACGGAAGACGACCAGCAUGCAUGCAAUAGUGUUAAUGGCGAUGGCACCGGACGAUCCGUUUCACAGUUCACAGAGAUGAGGGCAAAAGAGCUCGUAGCAAAACAAACUGAGGAUCUCCGCGAGUGGCUUGGCUGGGCCGGAUCCUUGGGGUAUGUCCCUGGCCUGUACAGCUCUGCAGUAGCGGGGAUAGGCGACGCCUCCUCCCUCUUGGCAGCCGGCAAUCACGUUUCACUCGCCCAGGGCAAUUGCCGACCCAGUGGCUUGUCCCCAGGCGGCUGUCGGGGCGUUUCCCAGCACGUCGCAGAAAGUCCUGACUGUGGGUUUACCCUAAACCCGUCGGUGGACCUAAGCGCGCGAUCCCCGAGCUCCGCGGCGUCCUCGGUUUUCUUCCCGGGGAAAGGAGGUUUUGAAGUCUCCCUAGGUUCGGAUGCUUCUCAGGGCUUGCAGGGGACGUACUCUGGAUCACACCUCAAAACAGUGGCCGUGGGCGGUGGCGAGAAAGGGGGCCCUCAUUCUCACCAGCCACCUGCAAAGGGGACAGCUGGCCUCGGGCCCCAGGCCCGCGGGGUUGCCCCGCCAGACCCGCUGUACAUUGCCGUAGGUGAAUCGUCCUCGGCUCAGGGCCAGCCGUCUUCGAGGACCGAUGGCGAGAAGUCCGAUCAGCAAGUGGCUAUGCCGCUGACGCAGAUCGAUGAGGAGACAGGGGAAGAUAUAGAUGUGAUUGCUCUGCCCCAGAAACUACUGCCUGUCACGCCCAAGCAUCUCCUGCAGACGCCCAGACCCGCCUGGCUUAAGGGCACACCGACAGCUGCGCAAGCUGCUGCCGACUGCCAGGCAGCUAGCGCGGCCCUUCGUCAAGCGGCGAUUGCGGAGCUUUCUCGCACAACACCAAGAGCGGGGCAAAAGUCUGAAGUCACGGAAGACUCCCACACCGAUCGAGACUCCCAAGGACUCCGUUGUCCCUCGCGACGGCAGGAGCCGGAGGCCGGAAAGAAAGGCAAUGCAUGUUGGAGCGGAUCCGCGCUCUGUGGCAUCGAUCGGUCUUCUAUUGCGGAAACCGACCAGGGCUCCGAGCUCGCAGAGACAGCACGCCCUGUUUCCGCUUCUGCAGUGACGCUAGAUGAACUCUUUCCUCAGAGGACGAAGUCUGAAAAACAUUCGUGCACCAUGGCCCUCUGGAGGUCCCUCUGCUCGUCACCGGAUGUCGGAGCCGUGUUCUCUCGUAACCCGGCACCGUUGGUCCGUCGCAGAGUGCCUGAUGUGUUCAUGGUCUUCGAUCCUGAGCAGUCCGGUACGACCCCGCUGUCUCGUCUCUCCCAUCGCAAACUGCCUGCUGGCGUCUUCGGGCCUCCUGGUCAUAUGAACUACGCAAGGGAGCCCCUGCAGUUCCUGCCCGAUCCUCUGCAUCCCGUGGCUUUCCCUUCAACCCACAGUUAUGUUCCUCUCAACAAUCAGAUCCUCAUGUCUCCAGAGGGUUUUGGAGUUGCUCCCUGCUAUCCGUAUGGGGGAGCUGAGGCAGACGCGUAUAUGAACACUGCCUCCGCCCUCUCUCAAUCUCACAAAGAUACUAUGGGAUAAACCAUGUUGGUUGAUGAUUCGCGAGAAGUUUCUGAAAUGAGUCGCAAAUUUGGGGCCAAACAGAGAAACACACCCGCUGAGCGGACUCGGGUGCCUCGCCAAGAGAGACGGUACAGAAAACAUCGUGUAAAUUCUUGCUUAUCGAGUGUACGCAAAACGUGAUUACGUUUGCAUUCGCGUGCUGUGCCGCUGACAUCAGAGGACUGGUGUUUCAUGAGAAAGGAAACGACAGCACGGUUCGCCGUGUCCAUCUGCUGGCCGGCGACACUGAGGGGCAUGCAACUAUGAAAAGGCGUAAAGAACUUAAGGGUCUCUUAAGAUCUUUUGUUCUCCUUCUUCCCCACUAUCUGUCGUGUCGGCCUCCACUUAUAAGCCUGAAUCGUAAACUGUCUAAGGGUGGGAGAGAACAACAGGUAAUACUGUAUAAUUUCUGUGUAGAAAGAUCCUCUACUAUAUGGGUGCUAGGCGAAAGUAUCGUGGAAGUUUAUGAAGGACUUCCGUUGCUAUAUGUUCUCCCACUGGAGUUUUGCUUCGUUUUUCUCUCUAUAGAUCCACUAGAGGGUUGCUGUAUUCUGUAAAUUAGUGGAACAGGCUCUCGUCAACAGCAGGCGAAAGAGCAAUGGGGUAGGGCAGAGGGUUCAUGCGAUGAGAGAAGGGCAUCAGUGUUUCGUAUGACUUUCUGUGAUAAUGCAAAUUGAUGAACAAAAACAUAGUAAAGUGACUCGCUUCUCCCCUUUUGAGAGGGAAUGGAAGUAGGAAGCCGAACUGAGAUGGAAAGGUCAGAGUUUGGAGAGCAGCGAUAGGUCUUGCUUUCGUAAGUGUUUCUUUUACGAACACUGUUGUCCCGGACACGGGGGCACAUAAGUCAGAGGUCACACGAAGUGCCUGCUUACUUAUGAGAGUCAUAACUGGUGAUUCUGACGAUGCCCGGCGGCAAUGACAGCAUCUCUACUUUGUCUGAUACUUCGCGGAGUGUCAGGUAAUGACGGAAAAGGGUGUCGUUAUUUCACAUCUGCGGUUGUGUCUCUGAGCGUACUUUGCCGCUGCAAAGCGUAUAACAGGGAGAAAAUGUCUGUGUGUCUUUCACUUUGCUGUUGUUUGUUUCGACUACUUCGAGCACGUUGCUUUCGUAGUCACCAUGGAUGGAGCAUUAGAAACUGGGAUGGGCUAUCGCGCAUGGCCGUACCACAUGCUUGCGCAGAAACCACGAGCACUGACUCGUGUUUUCUUUUAGGAGAGAAGAAAUGAAAUUUUAUCAGAUGACAAAAGGCGGCGAGAUCCUUCUACUGCAGCGAAAGCCGCAGGGGUGAGAAGCCCGUUGCUACGCAGGUCCACCUGCCGAAAUUAUUGAGAGCCAACCGGGGAGCAAGUCAAGACAGACACGAAACAACUAAUAUUUCGGUGCGUUUCUCCUCUGCUCUGCGGUCGUCCCAUACUUGAAUAGAACACUUUUUCACGUUAUCCAUUCCAGGUGGAAAAAAUGUGGACGGAAGCCUAUACUGCUGUGAAAUGUGUGCACUUAACGGAGCGAAAAGAAAGACUUUUGGUGAAUGGUGGAUCGCCAUGGCCGCAAAAACGACGCUUCUUCUGUUGUGUAGUAUAUAGCAAAUCAUUCACUCUCUUAUCUAACCACGAGGGCACCACGCGCUGAACAAAGAAAGGCUUGAAGACAGCAGACGCGAGGUGGCAAUUCUAAGGCAUUUCGUAGUUCAUUUGGUGAUUCUCUUUGGAAGCAGAAAACGCAACUGGGAAGAGGAUGUCGAUUUUGUUCUUCUGUGGUCUAUCCGGCCAGAAUGAGGUCCAUCCCGUUUACCGUGCACGGCUCCUUAUCCGAGAAAACAACCGGCAGAUCAACUAGGUGCGGACAUAAGUAUGGAGACCUGCGUUACGCUCUUGGUGGAGCUGAUCAUGCCCGUGGAAUGGUCGCGUUUCUAAAACUGCUGACAGAGACCGGGCUCCAAGUCGAAACGAAGGCUUGUGGAUUCACAGGCACUUUUAUUUCGUCUUUCAGGUGGCUUGAGAACGAAGCGGUAUCUACGUGUACAGUUCUUGUAGCCGUAGACACCUGGAGGGCAUCGAAACGUGUUUUGUGUACUUGGAUAGGUCAGGUAGAGGACAGGCAGACAGAGACAUUCACGGGAACUGAUAGACUGAGGGGUUGGUAAAUGUACAAAAUGGAGACGAUUGAACGCAUGCAUUGUUGAUUUAUGGCGGUACGUGACACGUCCACAGCGGACAGUACGGCCAGCAGUAUCUCGAUACAACGUCCGUUUUAAAUAAGUGAUCUGGUGCGUUGACGGGUGACCGGCUUCAGUGAGGAACUAGGUAAAUUGCUUACUCUCUUCAGUCGAUGAGAGUCGUUCAGGCGAACAACUAACGCCGCUAGUCGGGAGACGAAUCGGUCGCGGAUCCCGGUGUUCCUGAGAGAAAUUUCCUGACAUUGUAAUUCAUCUCAUCGCACAAUGAGACAUCAAAAGAUGCAGGGAGGUUGCUCUUCUAGGAAUAUUAUCGGAGUUCUCAUGGAGUACAUGAAGGAAAAUAGUUCAAUAUGCGUCGGGCGUUUGUACGAACGUCGAGAAGCUGGGGUUAAAUACAAGAGCGCAGGGACCUACUUCGAU